AUGCCCUAUCCCAUACUCAGAAUCGCUGAUCGCAUGUAUCACUGGCGUUCGGUGCGACAGGUAAAGUUCUUCUUCCCCACGAGACGAUGGUUUGCACAGGCAAGUUUGCACGGUCGACACGAUUUGGGAGCCUUGUCGCCAUAUGAAGUACUUGGACUGCCGAAAACAUGCUCGAAGUCGGACAUCCGGAAACGGUAUACCGAAUUGGUAAAGAAAUACCACCCUGACUUGAGCGCCGACAAAAAUGAAAUCAGCCAAGAAGACCGUAAUCGUGUCUUUCAGCUCAUUGUUUCUGCCAAUCGACUAUUGUCAAACGAACGUUCGCGUCGUGCAUACGAGACUCUUGGAAUUGGAUGGGAAAACAGCCCCGAACCAUCACCGUCUACAACGUCGCAAAGUAGGAGACGUACGACAAGACCCAAUCGACCGCGGUAUAGCGGAACAGCCGCAUGGCAAGACUACUAUUACAAUUCACAGCAGUACUACGACGAAUGUGAGCGCACCGGCAAGGACACUGCUGGUCCGGAGGAUGAAGGGAUUUUGGCUAUUUUGUGUAUCUUCGGCGUUUUGACGGCAGCGCUCUACGCCGGGAAUUGGUACACUGCCCGCGAGCAUCUUCAUGCCAAACGUGCAAGGGAGCAAGCGAUUAUGGCGGAAGACGCGCAACUUCGCGGUGAAAUGGCUCGUAAGCUCACGCGACAGCAACAAGUCGAUUUGUUUUUGAAACGUCGCGAACACAGCCUUUCAAAAAGGCUCACUCCUCCCAAAUCUUCCUCGGCUCCGACGACAUCUGCAACAAAGAAGGAGUAA